UGAAUUCGCGCUAUUACUACAAAGGCUGCAAUAGACCAAAAGAGCAACAAAAUAUGUAUACAAUACAGCAGCGUCCCCACCAAGCUUGAAUUUGAAUCCUCAAAUACUGCCAUAAAUAACGCCACCUGCUCUUCUCUUCCACCCAACCCCAUACCCCACUACCUCACUCCACUAAUCCAUGAAAAUAUAUGCAAUUAAUUGUGUAUAAAAUAAUGAAAAUCCAUCUGUUAUAUUCAAAUUAGUAGAUCUGAAACUUCAGAUUUGGAUCUACUCUGAGAAAAUGGGUUCGAGUAGUAGUAAGAAUACUGCAACUGAUUCACCACUGCCGCCGCCGUCAUCGCCGGCGGCGUCAUCUUCAUCUUCGUCUUCGACGGCGGUUGUUCGGAGAUCUCGAUCCACUCGGAGUAAAGUUUUUCUGUCCUCCUGUCUCGGAUCUCGUGAUUCAGACAAUGAAGCAACACAGGCUUCGGAACAUCAAACCAAAAGAAACGAGGUUACUGGUCCUUCUUUGAGUGAGUCUAAAUCAGGAGGAAGAAAGACCGAAUGGUAUGGAAAGGUUAAAGUUAAGAAGCACGAUGAACCAUGUGUAGAUUCCAGUAUUGAGCUUGAUGAUUGGAAUGAAUCAAGCUUAUCUGAUACUGUGGCUAGGAGAGGUGAUGCUUCUUCUCGAGCUUCCUCAUCUAGAUCAUCGAAUCCUUCUGGUCGUUUCCUCCCCCGCUUCAGUUUUCGUCCUGGCAACAUGAGCUUCCGGCUGAGCAGAGCAAAUAGUUUAGGGUCAGCGAGGUCCCUUUUUGCAUCUUCACAGAGGUUUGCUAUUUCAACCGAUGAGGGUGAGCUUCCACGCUCAAGUUCGUAUGGUAGAUUCACCGAUAGAAAUGAAAGGCCACAGAGUUGUGACUUCUUUCCUAGUUGUUUCAGCAAUCAGUCUCCUAGUCGAUGUUCUGAAGAUGCUACUUCUAAUCACUUGGCGUUCACUCCUUCAACUGCUAACUUUCCUGAUAAUUUUAUGGAUGAGCUACAUAUGGCGUCCAGAAGAGGUUUGUCAGGUGACAGAAAUGAUACUAGAGUAGAGUGUAGUGUUAAUUUAUUUUCUCCAAGAAAUCAUAAUUAUACUGAUGGUUUUGAGACAAGAGUUUCUGACAGAAGAAGUGCUGCUCGUGAGCCCACUGAAAGGAAUAUCAGUAUUAGUAGAACCCUGAGUGUUGGUAGACUUCGUGAUAGGGUUGUUCGAAGAUCAUCAUUUCCUGAUGUUUGCUCCUUUCAACGGGAAACAGAAACCAGACAUGCUAGUGACAAUAGUGUGAGACAGAAUUUAGGUGGUGAAAUAAGUUUGACAGCAUCCGAAGGGAAUGACUUAAAUCUAUCAAAUACUUCUGGCCUUUCAUCAUCUGGUACAUCUACCUCCUUGUAUGGGAGCCAAUAUUAUGCAGUUGAGAGCCCAAGAGGAAGAGAAGCAAGAUAUAGUGAUAUGCUGGAGCAUAGGUCAAAUUGGCUAGAGAGGCGAAGAAGAAUAAGAUCUCAGGUCUAUGCUCUUCAACGACUGGGAAGGCGCUUUGAGAACCACUCUGGCCAUGAGAGGUCUUGUGUCUUAUCUGGUCAGCAACGAACGGGUCACUGUACAUGUCGUAUUGGUACCCGAGGAGCUAACUUAGAUAGUGACAGUAGUGCCAGGGCAAGCAUUUCAAGAAUUGUUAUGUUGGCAGAAGCUUUAUUUGAGGUUCUGGAUGAAAUUCAUCAGCAAUCGGUUGUGCUAUCAUCUCAGCCUUCUGUAUCCUCAAUUGGGUCUGUUCCAGCACCCAUUGAAGUUGUAGAAUCCCUACCUGUCAAAUCAUACAACAAAUUCCGUAGGAGUUCGAAUGACGAAGUUGCACAAUGUUACAUUUGUCUGGUUGAGUACGAGGAGGGAGAUAUUUUACGAACACUGCCUUGCCAUCAUGAAUUUCACAAGACUUGUGUUGACAAAUGGCUCAAAGAAAUUCACAGAGUAUGCCCAUUAUGUCGAGGUGAUAUCUGCCAAUCUGACUCAUUCCAAGGAAAUGUUUGAUAUUGCUUGCCUGGAUGUCGUCUCUUGUAUUACUGAUCUCCUUGAUAGUGUUGCAAGAAGAGUUGGUACCAGGAGUACCUUCACAUAUCUCUGAUACACUUCAGUAUGGUUUGAGAGUGUGUUCUGUUUCGAUGCAGUUGUCCAUCUCUUAUUGUUGUAAAAUAUUCAUUUGUGAUAGAAACUUAUACUUUCUCAGCAAAGAUGGAUCAACUACUGUAUGAUCUGGGGAGAGAUUUCAAAUGGGUGCUUUGAAGAAACAAGCAGCAGAUCUAUUUACCACUGUGAGAAAACUUGUAUUUUUCAAUCAAUAUGCUGCUGGUGGUUUCUAUGGGAAACCAAAUUCAUGAUAUUUGCCAGAAGUAUCUUUUUGAUU